CAUCCGUGCUACGUCAACAUUUUCCUGCAUUGUCAAAUGUCAGGCUUGCUGUGCUUUCGGCGUUUUGCCAGUAGUAUAAACGGGAGUCUGAAAGUUCAUUUGAAAGCUCAUAGUUAAUGAUUAGGUUGUGAGUUAUCUUGGCCCAAGAAAAUCACGCUAGAACCACAGCGUUUCUAAACGUGCUGUACUGUCGACGUUGCUGCCACCGUGUUAUCUAUAUUGUGAGUCCUACAGUAGAGAUGAACAUGAACAUGCACCAUGAUCACCACGACCACGGCACCAUGGCUCCUCCCACGGGGACAGACUCCCAUGGGGAUGGAGCAGUACACAGUGCAGGAGGAAUGAUGAUGAUGAUGCAAAUGACCUUCUACUUUGGCUACACAAACGUGGAGCUGCUGUUUGCCGGUCUUGUCAUCAACACACCUGGAGAGAUGGCAGGGGCCUGCAUUGGUUGUUUCCUGCUGGCUGUGCUCUACGAGGGGCUGAAGAUCAGCAGGGAGUUCCUGUUGAGGAGGAACCAGGUCAACGUACGCUAUAACUCCAUGCCUGUCCCAGGAGCAGACGGUACCAUGCUCAUGGAGACACACAAGACUGUAGGCCAGCGGAUGCUGAGUCUGUCCCACUUGCUGCAGACGGUGUUACACAUCAUCCAGGUGAUGGUCAGCUACUUCCUUAUGUUGGUCUUCAUGACCUACAACGCUUACCUGUGUAUCGCCGUGGCAGCGGGGGCCGGGGUGGGAUACUUCUUAUUCAGCUGGAAAAAGGCUGUGGUUGUUGACAUUACCGAACACUGUCACUGACACCCCCAUCUGGUCUAUUCAUCCUACCACACACACACACACACACACACACACACAUUCUCCUUUCAAUCCCCAUCAACAUGCAGUUUUUUUUUGUUGCAUGUAUCACAUUUGGACAGUUCACUUUGUCACACUAAAGCUUGAUGGUAAAUCUGAAUUAUGACCAUGAGCUUUUACAUUUGUGACCGUCUGUCCUAUUGGUAGCUCUUAAGACUACACCCAUGUCACCGUAACGCGAUGUUUGUAUUCCAAAUUCUUACGCCUCCUGUCUCAAUCUCCACGUCUCUGUCAAAGGAGAUGAACGUUCAAUCUCUCCCUCCCCCCCCCCCCCCAGUCGUGCCAUUCUCAAUCAGUAUUUUUAUUAUUGCGCAACAAUCGGUGAACGUUCAUCUUCACAGCAUCGGACGGAGGGUUUUCUGCUCAUACAGGGCAUUUGCGACAUUUACAACCACUUUUCCUUGAAGAACAGUGUGCUGGUACAAGCAGGGAGUAGUUAUAUGAAUAGGGUCUAUAGUAUCUCCUGACCAGGGAACAAUGCUGGGCCCUAGUUAAAGCAUUCUGAAGCCAAGUCCUCUGCAUUUGAUCUGACUGUCCGAUGGGGGUCAUGCAUAAUCAGUGUCUCACAACGGGGGGUCAAAGGUCAUACUUGAGAUUGGCUGUAUAACUGAGCCUUAGUAAACCCUUUGCCUUAAAGGAGGAAAACAUGUGACAGCCUAGGCCAACUGUAGACAGGACCCAUAGUCUACUGAUAAGUGCCAGCACCAUUUUAAAGAAGUUUGUCCUUGUAUUGGUCACGUGAUUAUGACAACCCUUAAAACCAUCAUGAUACACACUGCUAUGCAAUGUUCAAUUUUGGAUUAUUAAUUUUUAAAAACUCAGUAUUUACAAAUAACUCUUCACUUAAGAGUAGGCUUGAUCCGACCCAUAAAUGUACAAUAACAAUUGGCUCUUUCACAUUAAGAAGCCAAUGUAAAUAGAAAUGUACAUGUCAAACAAACCUGCUGCGUGUAUCACCUCCAACAAAGAUAAUUUUACAUCUAAAUUCAAGUGUCUUGCCUUUCUAAAUCUUCACUACCAUAAAUUGUUGCUGGCCAAAUCUUUCAUUUGCUUGUUUCAAGAAACUAAUUAAUGUUGAACAGAUUACUGGGUCUAAUCUGAGCACAUAAGGAGGUCCCUAAACCUCAACCUAAAAAGGGUUAACUUUAUCACUUCAUGAAGUGGGAUUCCCCACUAUAAUUUGGGAGUAACUUUUGGUGUGUUUAUUCAAUAGGCUUAAAGUCGCACAUGUCAACACAACAUGAAUACUAGUGUCCUUAUUGGAGCAAGUGCUCAGGUCCCAAGCCCAAGCAGGUAACUCUGAGAAAGUAGGAGGCUGGAUCCAGUGCUUUCUCAGACUGGCCUAGUUACACAUGAUUUCUGCACUACUCUGUGACCCAUCGGUGCUUAGGCCACACACUACAGGCAGUACAUACUUUGACAGAAGGGUGAUUUCUAUGAAGUAGAACCUAAAAGAGAAAAUAUUUCCCUUUUCGGUAUGUCUUUUUAGUUUAAUGGUUUACUUUUUUAAUUUUUUAUUUGAGAUAAAUGACUGUAGUAAAUGUUUAUCAGUUGCCUGAGUGACAUUGUUGUGCCUGGUUUGGGGAUCAAAUUUCUAGUUGCUAUAACUGGAUUUAACAGCCACGUGUUCUCAUUACAUUACAAUAAAGCCAGGGACAUUAGUAUAUACUUGCACAUAUAACUGUGUCUGCUUUACCAUGUGGGAUCAAUGUAUAAAGAGGAUAUUAGUCUACUGUACAAAUGGAGUAUUGAAGUAAAUUGGCCAAAAGCAAGUGGGAAUCUGACCACCACCCCAGCGCAGCAUCGGUGUGAACAUGUCUGUAUAGUUUUACAUAUUUAUAGUGUUGUAAUCUUUCUAGAGAACACAAGUAAUAAAUUGUAGCAUUCAAGAACUGUAUUUGUUAGAUUCUGUUGCAGUCUCCUGUCCUUGACCUAAUGUGGCAUCGAAGGCAAAUAAAAGUACAAGCAUACCAUA